AUGGUGACUGUGCUGCUGGUUGCCUUCGUCGCCCUCUGCCUCCUCGCUGCGGUGGUGUUCCGCCACUUCAUGCCGCUGCAUCACAACCCCGGCGCCCCCAGGGGCAGCUUCGGCUGGCCCCUCGUCGGCGAGACCAUCGGCUUCCUCUGCCCCCACGCCUCCAACACCACCGGUGCAUUCUUGCAUGACCACAUCACCAGGUACGGGCCGGUGUUCAAGUCGCACCUGUUCGGAGCGCCGACGGUGGUGUCGUGCGACGAGGAGCUCAACCACUUCGUGCUGCAGAACGAGGAGCGGCUCUUCCAGUGCAGCUACCCGGGCCCCAUCCGCGGCAUCCUCGGCAAGUCCUCCUUGCUGGUCGUCACCGGCGAGCACCACCGCCGGAUCCGCGGCAUGGCGCUCGCCUUCGUCGCCUCCACGGGGCUCAGGCCCUCAUACCUCGCCGACGUCGACCGGGCCGCGCGCGCCGUGGUCGCGUCCUGGCGCGGCUGCCGCGCCGUCGCCUUCUGCGGCGAGGCAAGAAAGUUUGCCUUCAGCGUGAUCGUGGAGCAGGUGCUGGGUUUGUCGCCGGACGAGCCGGUGACCGGCCGGAUCCUGCAGGACUACUCCACCUUCAUGAAGGGGCUCAUCUCUUUCCCUCUCAACAUCCCAGGGACAUCGUAUGCCAGGGCUGUAGAGGCGAGGAGGAAUAUAUCUCUCACUUUGGAGGCAAUUAUGGAGGAGAGGAGGAACGGUGGCACAUUCAAGAAGGUAGCUUUCCUAGACGUGCUUCUCUCAAACAACGAGCUGUCCCACGAUGACAAAGUCACCUUCGUGCUGGACUCCUUGCUGGCAGGCUACGAGACCACCUCAAUUCUGGUUUCCAUGGCCGUGUACUUCCUAGGCCAAUCUCCCAAAUGCCUGGAGCAACUGAAGAGAGAGCAUGAGAGCAUAAGGUCCAGCAAGGGGAAGGAGGAGUUCUUGACCGCUGAGGACUACAAGAAGAUGGAAUAUACCCAACGUGUUAUCAACGAGACAAUGAGAUGCGGCAACAUCGUCAAGUUUGUGCAUAGGAAGGCUCUGAAAGAUGUCAGAUACAAAGAGUAUAUGAUCCCAGCUGGCUGGAAAGUCCUGCCUAUUUUGGGCGCUGUUCAUUUGGACCCUGCACUUCAUGCGAAUCCCCAAGAGUUUCAGCCUUGCAGAUGGGAGGGGUUGAAUCAGACGCCUGGCAAGAAGUUUGCACCGUUCGGCGGCGGACUCCGGCUUUGCCCUGGAUCGGAGCUCGGCAAAGUGGAAGUUGCUUUCUUCUUGCACCACCUUGUGCUCAAUUAUAGGUGGAGGAUGGACGGAGAGGACGUUCCGAUGGCGCACCCGUACGUGGAGUUCAAAAGGGGCCUGCCCAUAGAGAUAUGGCGCCAAUCUGAUCAUCCGACCCCUUGGUUCGUCACGCAGUAG